CCUUCCCCCCUGUCUCAAUUUUGAGCUGGAGAAGAAGUCAUGGCUUGGCUCGCCAGAUCAUGGCCUCCAUCCGCAUCUAUAUAGCCAAUCCAGAGCUCCCCAUUUCCAACUCAACGAUUAUGAAAUAACAUACUCCACGAUUGCAUAAGAAGAAGGAAGAGGAGGAGGAGACGAAAGAUGGACAUGGUGAAGGAAGGAGGAGGUGAGGGAAUGCGAGUGCUGGGGAAGUACGAGCUGGGGAAAAUUCUCGGCGAGGGAAACUUCGGCAAGGUCAGGUACGCUCUCCACGUCGAUUCCGGCCGUCCCUACGCUAUCAAGAUACUCGACCGCCGCCGCAUUCAAUCCCUCAAAAUCACGGAACAAAUUAAGAGGGAGAUCGCCACCUUGAAGCUCUUGAAGCAUCCCCAUGUCGUCAGAUUAUAUGAGGUCUCGGCGAGCAAAACCAAGAUUUACAUGGUCCUUGAAUAUGUUAAUGGAGGCGAAUUAUUCGACAGAAUUGCAUUGAAGGGAAGGCUCUCAGAACGUGAAGGAAGGAAGCUUUUCCAGCAGCUGAUUGAUGCCGUAAGUUACUGCCAUGAUAAGGGUGUCUACCACAGAGACCUAAAGCCAGAAAACGUUCUUGUUGAUGCAAAAGGGAACAUAAAAGUAUCUGAUUUUGGUCUCAGUGCUUUGCCACAACAUUUAAGGAAUGAUGGGUUGCUGCACACAACCUGUGGAAGCCCAAACUACAUUGCUCCUGAGGUCCUUUCCAAUAGAGGAUACGAUGGUGCUAGAUCAGAUAUAUGGUCUUGUGGUGUCAUCCUAUAUGUUAUUUUAACAGGCUCCCUGCCAUUUGAUGACAGAAAUCUUGCUGUGCUUUAUCAGAAGAUCGUUAGGGGAGAAACAAAGUUCCCUAAAUGGCUCUCACCUGGUGCUCAAGACAUCCUAAAGAGAAUCCUUGAUCCAAAUCCUAUCACAAGGAUAAAUGUAACUGGAAUCAAAGCACACGAUUGGUUCAACCAAGACUACACUUCUGUUGUCCCCAUCGAUGAUGAGGAAGACUUAUGUCUUGAUGAUACACCUUGUUCAAUCAAAGAGGUGACCCUCAAAAUGGCUAAUCACAAUGAGUCAGAUGACAAUGGAAAUACACCUACACACAUCAAUGCAUUUCAACUGAUUGGGAUGUCUUCCUCACUUGAUCUUUCAGGAUUUUUUGAGAAAGAGGAUGUCUCGGAGAGGAAGAUAAGGUUUGCGUCCAAUCGCCCACCAAAUGAAUUAUAUGAAAAGAUUGAGGUUAUUGUUACUGAAAUGGGGCUCCAAGUCCAAAAAGGGCAUGGCAAAUUGAAAGUAAUUGAAAAAUUCAAGGCUUCAAAAUGCCCCGGUAGGUCAGAGUCACUUUCAGUUGCUGCUCAGGUGUUCGAGCUCAGUCCAUCUUUGUAUGUCGUGGAAUUAAGAAGAUCACAAGGAGAUUCUAUGUUAUAUCGACAGUUGUGCACAAAGCUAUCAAAUGAUUUGGGAGGCUGCAAAAGCCAACUUAUAUGUAAAGCAGAGUCUAUGCCAGAACUCAACAAUUUUAAAGGAGAUGUUCCUGUGUCUACCGUUUGUUUGAACUAAAUGGGUGAUAAUUCUUCUCCACCCAUUUUAUGUGUGGAGAAAGAAAGAGACUGCAAUCUGUGAAGGAACUAAGGAAGAUGAACAGAACGUCCAGAAAGGGGCCCUUCGCUAACAUUUUCUGUGAAGGAUUUUAUCCUGACUACUGAGUAAUAAGUACUCAGGAUUCCCUUUCAUGGAAGUUUUGAAUUCAAGGAAUGAGAAAACCUAUUUUUCCUCAUUCAAGAACAAAGCAAGAAAGGAUUAAUCCUUUUUACAGUAAAUGUUUCCAAAGUAGUGAGUCUCACAUUGAACAACCUGUAGUUUGAAUGAUAGUGUCAUAUCAAGCAAUUUAAACAUUUUGAGUGAUA